AUAAUCUCUCUCACUCCCCACCUCUGUCCCUCGUGCUCGCGCUCACAGGGGAAUUCCUCUCCCUUACUUAAAGCGCUCGAGAAGGGAAUCUUUUGGGAAGCGGUUGAGGUGGUGGUGGUGGUGGUGGUGUUCGCCGUCGUCCCCGCUGCUGCUCUACUCCUAUUAGCGUGGUCAAGAAAAUUUAAAUUUUUCAGAGAGACGGUGAGGUAGAGGAACAAAACCUCACCUUUAACACUUUUCCUUCAGAGCGAAGGAGCGAAGAAUGAGAGAGGGUGUGAAGGAUGGGCAACUGCGGAACGCGGGAGGAGAAUGCCGUCGUCGCUGCUCACGCCCAAGCCCAGCAGCUCCAGGUGUUCCAAUUGCCUGUUAAGAAUGCGCUUCCUGAGAAAAAGUACAACCGGACUUUCUCGGAUAUAAGCGAUCCUUCAACUCCUCGGAAUUUUGAAGAUUCAAGGAACAUUGCAAUAUACACCAAUGUGAUUUCCUUUACAUUGUUUGAGCUUGAGACAAUCACAAAGAGCUUCCGUCCGGAUUAUGUUCUUGGUGAAGGAGGGUUUGGGACCGUCUACAAGGGAUACAUAGAUGAGAACGUGAGGGUUGGCCUCAAAUCCCUUCCUGUUGCUGUCAAGGUCCUUAAUAAAGAUGGUCAUCAAGGGCACAGAGAAUGGCUUACAGAGGUUAAUUUCUUAGGACAGCUGAGGCAUCCUAAUCUAGUGAAGUUGAUUGGGUAUUGCUGCGAGGAUGAUCACAGGCUGCUUGUCUAUGAGUUCAUGUUCCGGGGAAGCCUUGAGAAUCACUUAUUUCGAAAGACAGCUGCUCCAUUAUCUUGGGCGACGAGAAUGUCAAUUGCACUUGGGGCUGCUAAAGGGCUAGCUUUCCUUCACAACGCAGAAAGGCCUGUAAUCUACCGAGAUUUUAAGACAUCAAAUAUUUUGUUGGACUCUGAUUAUACAGCAAAACUUUCUGAUUUUGGCCUUGCAAAAGCUGGACCACAGGGUGAUGAGACCCAUGUGUCAACACGGGUAAUGGGAACCUAUGGAUAUGCUGCUCCUGAAUAUGUAAUGACCGGUCACUUGACAGCUAGGAGUGAUGUCUACAGCUUCGGGGUUGUCCUUCUUGAGCUCUUAACAGGACGCCGGUCUGUGGACAAGACUCGCCCCAGCAAGGAGCAGAGCUUGGUUGACUGGGCUCGCCCCAAGCUUAAUGACAAGAGGAAGAUGCUGCAGAUCAUUGAUCCCAGGUUGGAGGGUCAGUAUUCAGUGCGAGCUGCACAGAAGGCCUGCAGCCUGGCAUACUACUGCUUGAGCCAAAACCCAAAAGCAAGGCCCCUUAUGAGCGAUGUUGUGGAGACGCUUGAGCCCCUUCAGAGCAGCAAUGGGAGUGAGAGCUCGGGUCAUGCCCUACUGAGCAACAGGCUGCCUGACUACCGGAUGCACCGCAGGUUCACGGGGAAUGUUGUUGGAUGUAGAGCAAGUCCUGGCCCGAAAUGUUCCCCAAGUCCUGUGGCAGCUUGCAGGGUGAGGACAUGUUAAAAGCAGGGUGUGGAGAAAGACUGAUAAGGUGGAACCCUGAGAAGAAACAUGUGAAGGUCUGGGAACAUGUAAUUUGUCUUGGCAAUUGCUAUGGUUAGCUCUGGUGGCUGUUAAUCGAAGUUGAGAUGCUCCGGGAUUUCAAAGUUACCGUUGCCUUGCAGUGUUUAAAGGCUUUUCUGGUGCACUGUACAGGGAUUGGAGUCUCGCGAAGCUAAUUGGAUUGGACUCAGUACCAGACUCUUUCCGAGGCCUUGUCUUUGGUAAUUCACAGUGAAAGUGUGAAAUAGGAUAUGAUGAUCACCCCUCUUUCGGUAAUGGAUGCAAUAAUUAUCUUUAAUAUGAAAGUAGCUUACCUAUGUUCUUAGAAAACAGAAGAAAACUAGAUCACUUGAUUUCAA